AUGCGGAAAACCAUAAACUAUAUCGUUGAGUUGGCUAUCCUGAAGGUGCUCGGGACUCAUCGCAACGUCGUCUCUUUCCUUGGCUGCUGCACAGACACAGACCCGUUCUACCUGCUGCUAGAGUACGUAUCCGGAGGAAGUCUCCAGUCCAACCUCCGCACCAGCCGCACCCAGCAAACAUACGGGAACUUACACGGCGGCAGCAAGUCCCUCUCAUCACGUGACCUCACCAAGUUCGCCUGGGACGUGGCCAAGGGGAUGAACUUUCUGUCUUCCAAAAUGAUCAUCCACCGUGACCUGGCGACCAGAAACGUGCUGGUUGCUGCAGACAAGACCUGUAAGGUGUCUGACUUCGGCUUCUCACGGGAGGGGGAUGAGUACGAGAGGACAACUGAGACCCGCCUUCCUAUCCGCUGGAUGGCCCCCGAGUCGCUGUUCCACCGGAAGUACACCACCAAGACGGACGUCUGGGCCUUCGGAGUGCUGCUCUGGGAGAUCGCCACACUAGGUGCCACCCCGUACCCCGGUAUGUCCAAACGAGAAGUGAUGGAUGGCGUGCAGCAGGGACGCAGGAUGGAGAAACCAAAACAGUGCGAUGACAAACUGUAA